AACAAUCACACUACUCACUCAUAAGUCUAAAUCACACUCUCUUCCUCUCUUUCACAAUAAUCAUCUAUGGCUCCCAUCUCAAAAUUCCUUUCUUUCCUUUUCUUAACAACCCUUUCAUUUUCUCUCCAAAUUCAUGCUAGGGACAGCCAAUUCUUCAGCAAAGUCACACAUGUCAACAACAACAAUUUUAAAGACAGAGAUGUUCCUAAUCCUAACAAUGAUGGAUCAUUAAACAAACCACAACAACAACAACAAGAACAAGAACCAGUUUUUAUUCCAGAAACUGAAAACAGUUAUGGCUUAUAUGGUCAUGAUUCUGGUCUACACCCCCCAACUACUACUACUACUACCAGCACAAACAAUGUUGAUCCAAACACUUAUCAUCAAUCAUAUGAAAAAACUUCACAGGAUCAAACCAACAACAAAAAUGUUAACAAUUACUUUAACUACCAGAAGGAUUCAUCAUAUAGCAAGUACCCAAAUGAAAUCAGUGACACGAAACUCACCGGAACUUCUUACGCCAACAACAACAAUUACUACCAUAACAACAAGUAUGAUUCUAAUGAAUUUAGUAACACAAAGUUCCCAGAAGAAGGUUACAACAACAAUAACAACAAGUAUUACUAUAACAACAAUAUUAAGGAUGCUUCAAAUUCCAAUGAACUUAGCAACACAAAGUUCACAGAAGAAGAAUACAACAACAAGAACAAGUAUUACUACAACAACAAUGUUAAGGAUGCUUCAAAUUCCAAUGAACUUAGCAACACAAAAUUCACAGAAGAAGGAUACAACAACAACGACAACAACAAGAACAAGUAUUACUACAACAACAAUGUUGCUGCUAACAACAAGUACAACAAUGGUGAGAGACAAGGGAUGAGUGAUACAAGAGUUAUGGAAGGUGGAAAAUAUUAUUAUGAUGUUAGUUCUGAGAAAUACAAUCCAACAUUCAAUGGAGAUUCAUCAUCAUCUAAAGGAGUAGUGAACUCUGAGAAUUGGUACAACAAAAAAGGUUACUUUGGUAAUAACAAUGUAAACAAUUAUGAAAGUAACAAAAAUUCUAUGGAUGGUUAUCAGAAUCAAGAGGAGUUUGAAGCUGAUCAAGAAGAAUUUGAACCUUGAAAUUGAAUUAUUGUAACAAAGUGAAGAAGAGUUCAUUAUCCUUUUGAAUUUUGAAUGUGAUUGUUCAAUGUUUAAUAUUUUCCGUGUUUUUCUUUCUUCCCUCUUUCUUUCCUCAAACCAAACAGGGUUUAGAUUAAAAAUCACAAAAAAUGUUAUUAUGAUUUUAGUGUUUAUUAGAUGUUAUUAUGAUUUGGAAAUACUUUAUGAAGUAUGAUGAAAGCAUGUUUAUUUUGUGCUUAAAGUUAUCAAGAAUUUGUAUAAUUAAUAUUAUUGUGAAGUAUAUCUUGUUUUGGAUCUC